AUGAAUAGUCACCAUCCAUCUUUCUCCGCCCUCCUAAACCGUCGCCCCCCCACCAUCUAUUCCCAACUCUAUACCUCCCCCCUCACAACCCUCGCCAAGGCCCUCUCCUCAGCCCUCUCCCCCGCCAUCCCAGCACCCCCAACCGGAAUCCGCGUAAUCUGCAUCUCCGACACCCAUAACACCCAGCCCGACCUCCCAGACGGCGACAUCCUCCUCCACGCAGGCGACCUCACGCAAUCCGGCUCGCUAUCGGAACUGAGAAGCCAAAUCGAGUGGCUCGACGCGCAACCUCAUAGGUAUAAAGUGGUUAUAGCCGGGAAUCACGAUUUAUGCCUUCAGGCUUCGACGGAAGAGAUUGACUGGCGCUCGCUGAUAUAUCUUCGAGAUUCGGCAACGACGCUGCAUUUUCCGGGCGGUAGAUCACUGAAGAUAUACGGCAGUCCGUGGACGCCGAAGCAUGGGAAUUGGGCGUUCCAGUAUCCCCGAACCGGCGCGGAUCCGUGGGAGGGAGCUGUUCCGGAAGACGUAGAUAUCCUGUUAACGCAUGGUCCGCCGCGGUGUCAUCUUGAUCUUGAUGAUCUGGGUUGCGGUUAUCUUCUUGAGGAGGUGAGGAGGAGAGAACCUAUUCUGCAUGUUUUUGGACAUAUUCACGCGGGGUAUGGGAAGAGGAUGGUGUUGUGGGAUGGGUUUGAAAGGGCUUAUGAGGAAGCGGUUGGGAAGGGAGGUUCGUGGUGGGCGUUGGGGAGGAUGGUGUUUUGUGUGUUUUCUCGGCUCAAGGGAGACUCGGGACGAGGUACGGUUAUGGUGAACGCUGCGGUUGUUGGAGGGUUCAGAGAUGAGCAGCGACGAGAAGCUAUUACUGUGACGAUUUGA